AUCGUCUGUUGGUGGACGAUACUAUCUGCAGGCGUGCAGCUGUGCACGACGCUGAAAAAAUAAUAAUAAUUGUCAAAUAAAAUGGCAAACAGGACAGUUAAGGAGGCCAAAAACGUGCACGGCACCAAUCCGCAGUAUCUCAUCGAAAAGAUCAUACGUUCCCGCAUCUACGACUCCAAGUACUGGAAGGAGCAAUGUUUUGCACUCACAGCCGAGUUGUUAGUGGACAAAGCCAUGGAAUUGCGAUUUGUCGGCGGCGUCUAUGGGGGAAACAUCAAGCCCACGCAGUUCCUUUGCCUCACACUGAAGAUGUUGCAGAUUCAGCCGGAGAAGGACAUUGUGGUGGAGUUCAUCAAGAACGAGGAGUUCAAGUAUGUCCGUGCAUUGGGCGCGUUCUAUCUGCGACUCACCGGCGUCGCCCUCGACUGUUACAAGUAUCUGGAGCCCUUGUACAUCGACAACCGCAAGCUGAGACGCCAAAAUCGAGCCGGACAGUUCGAGAUCGUCUACAUGGACGAGUACAUAGAUGAGUUGCUGCGAAAUGAUCGCGUCUGCGACAUUAUACUGCCUCGAAUACAGAAGCGCACCAUUCUCGAGGAGAACAACGAGAUUGAACCGAAGGUGUCGGUCCUGGAUGAAGACCUGGACGACGAGCUACCCAGUGAGGAUGAGAAGCCGGACGACCGAGAAGCGAAUCGGACGAACGAAAACUCGACUUCAUCUGUACGACGACCACGAAGGGCUCGCUCAAAAUCCAAGUCGCGCAGCCGGGAGCGGGACCGCCGUCCAGCCCAGAGCAACAAUACUCGAUCUCGCGACUACUACGACGAACUGGAGGAGUUUGAGCGGCAGCGCAAUCGCACCCGCAAUCGCGACACCCAGCACGGGGACCGGCGACAGCCAGCAGCACGUCAGGAUCGGGAUAGAGAGCGCCAGGAUCGGGACAGAGAUCAACGCCAGGACAGGGAUAGAAAGCCCCAGAUUCGGGACAGAGAGCGCCAGGAUCGAGACCGAAUGCGCGAGCGAGAACGAUAUGGCGAAAGAGAGCGACGGGAGCGAGAUAAUGGCUCCCGCCACGACCAGCGGGAGAGGGACACGCGAAACGAGCGCGACCGGCGUCGCCAUUAAAAAUAAUUGAAAUAAUUGUAAUAUUGACCACUAAAAAUCACCCAAACCGCCAAA